UUAUUAUUGAUAACCUUUGUCCUCACAUUGUAAAUUAAAUUGUCAGUCUCAAGAACUAGAAGUAAGAGCUAGAGGCUGAAAUGGCUACCAAAACCAAUGUGUUUACAACAAUUGUACGCCCAGAGCUUCUUGGGCAGACCCCUCUGGACAAGAACAUGACAUUUGCAGUCAAGGCCAACACUGGAUGUGGUUACCCAGCUCCAGCCUCAACUCCUAGCUUGAGGAACUGGGUGCCCAAAGACUACUCUCCUGUUGUCAAGGCUCUUGUGGACAGUGGACACAUUAUAGUUGCCAUCGCUAACAUGCAUGAGCUUGCAUUUGGAAUUACAUCCGAGAAUCCCAGCUACGGAGAUGUUGACAACCCACAAAAAACGGGCUAUAUUCCUGGAGGGUCGAGUGGGGGGAGUGCAGCAGCUGUAGCUAUGAAUGCCGUGUCAUUUGCAUUAGGGACGGACACUGGAGGUUCGAUGCGAAUUCCUGCCUCUCUCUGUGGAGUCGUUGGCUAUCGUCCCACAAUCGGUCUGUACAGUCAAGCCGUUGUUUGUCCCCUCUCUUCUACCACCGACACAAUCGGGGUGUUCAGUCAAAAAGUAACGACUGUGCAGCAAGCUCACAAAGCCAUUAUCCCAUCCUCUGUACCCACCACACGAUCUCUGGAGGGUGUUAGGAUUGGUGUCCCUCGGAAAUACUUCUACAAGGUCCUGGACAGUGAGGUUGCUCGUGUGACUGAGGCUGCUCUAACUUCACUCCGAGAUGCAGGUGCUGUGCUUGUGGAAUGCAACUUUUCUGACGACUUUGCUGAAGGUUCUAUGCCUAUUGUGACUGCAUGUUUCAAUCUUAUUACUUAUGAAACCAACCUCCUCCUUCCAAAGUACCUCAAGGAACAAGAAGCACCUGUGAGCUUUGAGCAGCUUGUUGAAAACAUUGGAGAUCCUGUUGUCAAGCAAGUAAUCACCUCAGCUGGUAGAGUCACUGAAGAAAUGUAUGAAAAAUGCUUGCAGAAAAAGGAUGCUGUUCGAAAGAACUACGACGACUAUUUCAGUGCCAACAAACUGGAAGCUUUUGUUUGCCCCACCACAAUUCUUCCUGCUAUUGAGAGGCCAACUGGUCCUACUACUAAGGUGGCUGGUCAAGAAUUCCCCACAAUAAUUGCCUACACGGUGAACACAUUCCCUCAGGCAUUGGCGGGUGUUCCUUGUAUCUCCAUCCCCAGUGGCCUGACUGCCGCUGGUCUCCCUGUUGGUCUGGAACUAGUGGCCCCUCGAGGCAUGGACGAAGACCUCCUGGGAUUGGCCGUGAGUGUGCAAGCAGCACUGCCAUCUCUACCACAACUCUCUUUUGACGACUUCAAGGGCAGACUCUGAUUUAUUGCUUUUUUUGUAUUUUUUGCAGGUAGAAAGAUUUAUUAGACAUGCAUAUAUAGUUAGUUAAUAGUUAGAAGUUAAAUGUGAUGGUUUUGACGAUUUGACUUCAUUUGA